GCCACACGCUCUCUCGAAUGUUGUCAAAAAGGGUACAAACGGGACCCGCGGCUCCCACACGACCAGCUAAAAUGAGGACGCCAACGUUGGUGCUCACAGGCCUGUUGCUGCUGCUGCUGGCGUCCGGCCGGGCCGACGACAAGCAUGGUGAGACUGAAAGCGCCACGGAGAAGAGCCCCCGAGAUGCCCGGGAGGAAGUCGAAGAAGCGCCCAAGAAUGAGAAGGGCAGCGAAAUCCGGGAGGACAACAACGUGAUGGUGCUCCAUGGCAACAACUUUGCCAGGGCGCUCAACCAGACUGCCUUUUUGCUGGUGGAAUUUUACGCGCCGUGGUGCGGCCACUGCAAGCAGCUGGAGCCCGUCUUCGCCGAAGCGGCCGACAAGCUGAAGAAGGACGGGCCCGGUGUGGCCUUGGCCAAAGUGGACGCCACCGACGAGAAAGAGCUGGCCGAGGAGUUUGCCGUGUCCAGCUUCCCCGUUCUCAAACUCUUUGUCCACGGCGACCGAAAGAACCCCAUUGACUUCACCGGUAAGAGGACAGUCACGGGAAUCAUCCAGUGGAUGAAACGUCGCAGUGGUCCUGGCGCAACAGUCCUGGCCAAUGCUAGCUCUGCCGCCAGCUUUGUUGAUGCCCACAACAUCACUGUCGUGGGAUUUUUCAAGAGUUUAGAAAGCGACGCCGCUAAGGAGUUUUCUGAGGUGGUUAUGGACAUUACUGAUACGGAAUUCGCCAUUACGACGUCUCCGGAGGUUUUCCAGGAGUAUGAAUUGAAAUCCGACACGGUCGUGCUUUUCAAAAAGUUUGACAACGGUAGAGUGGAUUACGCUCUGCCCGACGAUAGCAAGCUGGACAAAAGCAAUCUGACCAACUUUAUCCAAGAAAACAGCUUGGAUCUAAUCAUCCCCUUCACUAAGGAGACGGGGGAUAAAAUCUUCAGCUCCAGCAUUCGCCUUCACUGCCUGCUCUUCAUCAACUCCACAGUGGAGAGCCACACGGCACUCGUGGACCAAGUCCGGACCGUCGCCAAGGCCUACAAGGGCAAGAUGCUGUUCAUCACGAUCGAUUUGUCGGGCGAUGUGUCGUUCGUGCUUGAAUUUUUCGGCGUGUCGGCGGCUGACGUGCCCACGGCUCGCAUCAUCAGCAUGGAUACGGGCAAGAAGUUCAAACUGGACACGGCGGAUCUCUCCGCCGACCUGCCGCCAUUUUGUCAGAAGGUUCUGGAUGGUACGGCCAAGCCUUACUAUCGCAGUCAAGACGUGCCCGAGGACUGGAAUAAAGAACCCGUUAAGGUCCUGGUGGGGAAGAAUUUCGAGUCUGUUGCUCUGGAUCCAGCAAAGAACGUCUUUGUGGAGUUUUAUGCUCCCUGGUGCGGCCACUGCAAGGACUUGGCCCCCAUCUGGGACCAGCUGGGCCAAAAGUACGCCGGGCAUGAUGACAUCAUCAUCGCCAAGAUGGAUUCCACGGCCAAUGAGCUGGAGGCCGUCACCAUCAACGGCUUCCCCACGCUCAAAUAUUUCCCCGCUGGUGGAAAGGAGGCGGUGGAGUACUCGGGGAACCGUGAUCUGGAGACAUUGUCCAAGUUUCUGGACAACGGAGGAGUUUUGCCCAAGGAAGACGACGAUGAAGAUGAUGACGAUGAAGCAAAAGAGGGCGAGUCUUUGGAGACAGCUGCCAACACAACAUCUGAUAAAGAUGAACUUUGAUGACAUUUUUCAUGUUUUUAACUCAAUAAAACUCCUUUGAUCGGGGGAAUCGAAGCCAU